UUGACGAACGUGUGAAUCCAGCUCCGGACCUCCGGACUGAGGGACGAAGAAAAGCUUCUGUUUUUCACUCUUUUCCUCUUCGUCGCAGUGUUUUUCAGCAGCGUUUCAGGAGACGCUCCUCCGGACGAAGUUAGCCUCGCCCUGACGGAAAGAUGGACAUCGAGAAGGAAGUGAAGAAGAUGACCCUCGGCCACGAGUUUGGCGCCGGAGCGGCUUGUUUGAAGUGCAAAGACAAGUGUGAGGGCUUCGAGCUGCACUUCUGGAGAAAAAUCUGUCGAAACUGCAAAUGUGGCCUUGCGGAGCACGAUGUGGCCAUGAACUCGGAGGAGAACAAGAAGGUGGGCAAGCUGUUCGAGGACACCAAGUACACGGGGCUCAUCGCCAAGCUGAAGACGGACCCCAGGUACCACUACCAGGGCAACAUGGUCACCAUCACCCUACCUGCCUCUUCCACCGCCUGCAUGGUCCCGCCUAGUGGCUCUGCUGCCGUCGUGGGCGCCUACGCCGCUGGGGGCUAUGGAGGGCCUGCUGGAGCACCCUAUGGAGCGUCUGCAGGAGUGUCUGCAGGAGCACCCUAUGGAGCGUCUGCAGGAGUGUCUGCAGGAGCACCUUAUGGAGCGUCUGCAGGAGUGUCUGCAGGAGCACCCUAUGGAGCGUCUGCGGGAGCACCCUAUGGAGCGUCUGCUGGAGCAUCUGCGGGAGCAUCUUAUGGAGCAUCUACUGGAGCAUCUGCAGGAGCGUCUGCAGGAGCACCCUAUGGAGUAUCUGCAGGAGUGUCUGCAGGAGCACCCUAUGGAGCGUCUGCUGGAGCGUCUGCUGCAGGUUCAGCGCCCGUCGGCCCUCGAGGCCCGGCCCCCGGGGCCACCAAUGCUGGACCAGCCAGGUUCAAAGCGCCCAUCGCCGCCCCUGGCGCCGCCGCCACCGUGGUGCCGGCCAAAGACGUGCCGGAGAAGACAGUCACCUACGAGUGGGCCCCGCCGGUGCCUAAUAAGUAUCUGGCGGUGCGCUACAUCGAGCUGCUGCCCCCCGAGAAGCGGCCCGUGGCCGGCUCCGAGGGGGCCGCCUACCGCCGGCAGCAGAUGGCCCGGCAGCUGCCCGAGCACGACCAGGACCCGGCCAAGUGCCACGAGCUGAGCCCCGCCGAGGUCAAGCAGAUGCAGCAGUUCGUCCGCAAGUACAAGGACGAGGCGCUGGGGGUGGGAGACGUGCUGCUGCCGGAGGAGCUGGCCCAGGCGCAGGCUGCCGGUGGCGCUGGAGGGCCGGCAGGAGCAGGAGCUGCUGGGGCCGGAGGGGCGGGAGCCACACCAGGGGUUGGGAGGGCCGGGGCUGCAGGGGGUUUUGGACCUGAAGCAGGAGCAGCUGGGGCAGCUGGGGCAGCUGGGGCAGCUGGGGCAGCUGGAUCGGGACCGUUUGCUGGAGCCGGAGCCGGACAGCCUGGUGCCGUCGGGCCGGCCGGAGGAGCCCUGGGAACAGCCGCCGCCGCCGGAGCCAUGAGCUCUGGACAACCACAGAAAAACUUCUCGUGCCACCAGUGCCAGCAGCCCAUGGGGCUCGGCGACCCGGCCGUCUACGCCGAGCGGGCCGGCUACGACAAGAUGUGGCACCCAGCCUGCUUCGUGUGCUGCACCUGCGGCGAGCUGCUGGUGGACAUGAUCUACUUCUGGAAGAAGGGCAAGAUGUUCUGCGGCCGCCACUACGGAGACAGCGAGAAGCCGCGCUGCGGAGGCUGCGACGAGCUCAUCUUCAGCAACGAGUACACGCAGGCGGAAGGCCAGAACUGGCACCUGAAACACUUCUGCUGCUUCGAGUGCGACUGCAUCCUGGCCGGAGAGACGUACGUCAUGGAGAAGGACAAGCCCGUCUGCAAGCCCUGCUACAUGACCAACUACGCUGUGAACUGCUCGGCCUGCCAGAACCCGGUGGACCCGGAGGCCCAGAGGGUUACGUACGGCGACCAUCACUGGCACGCCGAGCCGGAGUGCUUCAAGUGCUCCGGCUGCUCCAAGUGCCUGGUGGGCCAGCGCUUCAUGGCCGUGCAAAGCUUCCUCUUCUGCUCCGUGGAGUGCAAGAAGAAGGUCCAGGCGUAGAGGGCCGGAGCCAGA